CCAGGACGCAUGUUGAUGUUCGCGAACACGACCGAUUGAAAAAAUACCCACAAUGCAAAGCGGCGUAUCACAUUGGAAGUAAUCACUCUGUGAACGAGUCAAAUUCAAGUAUGGCGCUUCAUAAACUAUUCCGUCUGUCCUCGCUGUUCCGCUCCGCCGUGUCAUUGACAUUGCGCAGGAAUAUCGGCCUGUCUGCUGUUCUCUUCAAUCGGGCCACGGACUUGGACCCUAUCCAGAAACUAUUCCUAGAUAAGAUCCGCGACUACAGCACCAAGAGCAAGGCUGCAGCAGGUGGGAUUGUUGAUGCAGGCCCCUCUUACGAAAAGGGUGUCUCAGAGGAGAUCACCAAACUACAGAGGUUAUAUGGGACCGGUGACCUCACCAAAUUCCCUGACUUCAAAUUUACAGAGCCCCAGCUGCAGGAAGUGGCCAAGUGAACACUGGCCAUGAUGACGUUGUCUCUGUCCUACGUGUCAACACUAUAAUGUACUAUUUAAUAAAAUGUGAGAACAUUGUUUUCUUAUGCUAAAUCAUGUUCAACCUUA